AAACAUUUUCAAAUUAUAGUUUCUACAUUGUUGUUUGUUCUUUAGUGCAGUUGUUUUACUAGCAUUUACAUAUAAUGGAAAUCGUCUUUCAAAUGUUUAUUUGCUCUUACGUGAAUUCGUGCAAUUCAUGUUCUCAUAUUGAUAUUGGGACAGCAGUUAAUGUGACAACUGUAGACUGGUCUGGUUGUACAGAUAUACGACAGUACAACAUGACCGUGACAAACUCAGACUCUGUUGUGUUGUACACAAAUUCAACGUCCUGCUGCUCGGGGAAUCUUACAAUCCACUGCAAUAUCGGGAAUGGUAUGACUUCACAGACUUUAAAUAUGACGAAAAAAAGUCCCUCAAACACUGUGACGGCCACUGGAGUCUAUAGCAGAGCCCAGAACACCACACAAACUGACCAGUUGGAGAAAAAUACGAGUAAAGCUUUCUCUAACACUCUGAUUGCUGCUAUCAUAAUAUUGUCAUGUGUCAGUGCCAUCAUCUUUUUUGUCCUUGUCUUUUCAAGUCGGAGACGUACCCCACGUUUUGACUUCACCGCGUGUCACUUACGCUGAUUUGAAAUUAACAGUCAUGUUAACUCAAAAUGUUAUCAAAACUUCCUAAUUUUAAAAGAGCGUUUCGUGUAUUGUUCUCGCCUCUUGAUCCGAAGUAAUUUGAUAUUCACUCUCCAGAAGAUUAUAUAGACUUAAAAGGAGUGUGACAUCAUAAAAUGAGAGUCAAAACCUAUGUUGUGCAUUUGCAUACUUUGCAUAGCUUAGUGAUGGAUAAUAUUUUCAAAAAUCAAAUCUUUGCUGUUGAAAAAAUUGAUUUUAGAAAUUGAAAUAGCAUUGGUGGAUUAGAAGUUCUUAGUCAUGUACAUGUACCACUAAGUUAUCAUAUGUUAAUUGGUUAAGAGCGACUAAUUAUGCUGUGGUGAAAAAUGUAAAAGAUACCAAUUAAGCUAAUUAAAACAGAUAUUGUAACAUCUACAUGUACAAGAGAUAAAAAACGAUACUGUGGUGUCAAAUAACUGCUACAAUUAUCCGUAUGAAUG